AUGACCCAGACUAAACUGGCCUCCAAGGACGUAUCUACGUUCCUGGGCUUCUUCGGCCGCCUUAAAUUUGAAGAGCUGGGCACGGCGGCGGCUCUAGAUGGCGCCAUUUGUUGCCUCUCUCUGCAUCUUAUGGGCAAAGAGUUGGCGGACGAAAGCCUCAUCGCCCGGAGUAGGACCGUAUACGGAUGGUCCCUUGGCGCCCUCCAGGGGACACUGAGACAUCCAACCAAAUGGAAGACGUCCGAGACCUACUGUUCGGCCGUCUUGCUGUGCUUCUUUGAGCUGUUUGCGGGAACGAGUUCACCGGAAACCUGGCUGCAGCAUGCUCAGGGAAUUGCCACACUGAUGGAGCAACGUGGUCCUGCAGCUCAUACGCAGGGCAAUGACGCAGCUAUACUGUUUUCCUUCCGAGGCAUCCUGAUUAUGAGCUCGCUGUUCUUCCCAACAAGCGACAAAUGCUUCUUGGCUCGCCCGGAAUGGAGAAAAGUCAUCUAUGAUGGCACAGGGCAGUCAAUUUACUCCCCCGAAACGCCAGAGUUCUCCAUGCAAGUAGUCAAUUCGUUUUUCCUGUGCUUGGCAGACAUGCCUGAAGUUAUGUGGUGGGGAUAUCCCAUCCGCGAGGCUCUCAUGGCGGGUAGACGAGUGAGUCCCAAGCGCAUACAGCACCUUGCGGAGCUGACGGCUGCAAACCACGAGCGGUUCACCGCAUGGUACGAGGAUUUCAAGAAGCUUGGCGUCGAACUUAAGGAGGUGCCGUCUCAGGACCCCAGCUCGCCGUUCCAGCUGGUGUUGGAACAUCCCGUGGGAUGGCUUGGGUCUAUGCACAUGGGCUAUUGGGCCAGCAUGCUGAUUCUGCAGGAGCUGUUGAUUAAAUGCCAGUGGCCCGUGGACUAUCGAGAAUCUCAAAAGGAGCUGAUGCACAAUAUUCUUCGAUCCAUCGAGUCGGUGGGAAGCGGCACCAUGGGGCCCUUCCGCUUGGGCUACUCGAUAAGAAUCGCGUAUGAGUUUGCCAACGUUGAGACACAGCGAUGGAUCAUUUCUCUGCUGGACAAGUUCUCCAAGAGAUAUGCGGCCACGGAUAAGAACUCAUACCCGAGCCCACGUGUGGACGCGCAAGGGUACUCGUGA